AUGACCAACAAAUUAUUUGCAGUAUUCACUGUAUUCCUAGUGUUUCGGUUCGCUAAAUGUCAAGUGGAACGGCAAUUUGAUAGUGCUGUGGAACGUUAUGCUGAAGUUAGAUAUUUGCUAAAUCAGUUCUAUAGAAGAAUUGCUCGUCAACAUGGAACAUUCAACGAUUAUGAUGCAAAAAAAAUAAAUGUACUAGCAAAAAAUGUAUCGAUUAGUGACGGUACUGAAGCUAGUGCUAAUCGUCAAGCCGGUGUCAUUGGAGACCUCUUUGAAAGCGAUAUUUUGCUUACACUACCGCAAGCUGAAGAAAUUCUACGAAAGACAAAUCGACGCAACAGUCGUCAAGCACAGUUAUCAACAGAAUAUUUCUGGCAAAAACUUAUAAUAUCUUACCGAUUCGAAGAAACUGAUCCAUUAUGGAAGAGUGUAAUUAGAAGUGCACUAAGACAUAUUGAACAGCAUACUUGCUUCAGGUUUCAGGAAAAUGGAUAUGAUAUGGAUUAUUUGUCGUAUUUUCGUGGUAGUGGCUGUUGGUCAAGUGUUGGUAGAAUCGGUGGUAGACAACUUAUUUCCAUCGGUUUUGGUUGUGAACAUGUUGGUAUUGUGGCGCAUGAAACACUUCACGCAUUAGGUUUAUGGCAUGAACAAUCAAGAAGCGAUAGAGAUAACUAUAUCAACAUUAAUUACAAUAAUAUUUAUAGAGGAACUGAAGGAAAUUUUGAAAAACGAACCGUAUCUGACACUGACAACAUGGGACAGCCGUACGAUCUGGGAUCGGUUAUGCACUACGCAUCAAAAGCUUUUUCUUUCGACUACAACAAGUACACAAUUGUUACCCGAGAUCCAAAAUAUCAACAAACAAUUGGUCAACGUUGGCAAUUAUCAUUCAAAGACGCUAAAAUGAUUAACUUACGAUACUGUCAAAAACAAUGCAGUAGACAGCUGGUCUGCUCUCACGGCGGUUAUACAGACCCGAACGAUUGCUCAAAGUGCAGAUGUCCAGACGGUUAUGGCGGAAAACUAUGUGACGAAGUAGAACCAUCAAGUACUUUAAACUGUGGGGGUGAUUUGACCGCCACAAAUUAUUAUCAGACUUUACAGAAUCCGUCAAUGAGCUCAAAUAUGCGCUGCAUAUGGAGAAUUCGAUCAGCAGCAAAAGUUCAAGUAAAAUUCGACAGAAUAAGCCUUACUUGCUUAGAUACUUGUGAAAGCUAUGUGGAAGUUAAAUACACAGAAAAUGUUAUCGCAUCAGGCCCAAGACUGUGCUGCAAUACAGUAACUGAACCACUGAUAAGUGAAGGUACCGACUUCCUUGUAAUAUUCUCAACUACAGAUAUAGUGAAUAGCCAUUCCACAGGGUUCCAGCUUCAAUACAGAGCAUAUGGCGAAUUUCCCAUAACCUAUACGCUUCCACCUUACACAACAUCGACUACGUCCACGACAAAAACGAAUCGUAUUGGAGUGAUUGGGGCGCAUGGAGUUCCUGUUCUGUCACUUGUGGAGGUUGUGGAGUUAGAGUUCGAGUACGGGCGUGUUACGGAAGACCACGAAUUUGCAGCCGAUUGCAGCGGUGAAUCAACAGAAGAGGAGGUAUGCGGUCUCGAACCAUGUCCAUAUAUUACAACAGAAGAAGAAUGCCGAGGCAAGGUCAAUUUGCCCUGUGAACUGCUUGAUAAGCUUGUCUUUGAUACUCCAAUUGACAGCCGCGUUACUCUUCUGGACAGCAAAACGCAAGUGUAUCAGUACCCUUACAUAAAGACAAGAGAAUCUAGAUCAGUUGCUGAAACACGUGUAGCAAGAGGUAUUUUACCAAGUGAUGAUGGAAUGUGUGAAAAACGUUUUUCUUUCCCCUGUCCAUCCUAUUCGGUGUCUAUCAACAUUGCCUGGAAGGAUAAAAUGCAAGGAAGACAUCUAAGCAGUUCCAGAGGAUGUUGUUACGGUUAUCGGCUAAAAGACGGCAUCUGUGUACUAAAGACAAAUUAUAAAAAAGUGUGA